GUGCGAAAGUUCUUGCGCUACAUCUUCGAUUACCUUCAGAUCCUCACCUUUCUGGAUGUGCCUUGCGGGGACAUGACGUGGAUGCCAGAGGUGGACCUGAGGGGUGUCGAGUAUUUUGGUGGUGACCUGUCGUCUGCGCUGGUGACGAGUCAUCUCCAGCGCUUUGCUGGAGAUAGGCGUUUCGCAAACAAGUUCGCUCGGUUCGACAUCACCUGUAUGAUACCACCACGAGUUGACCUGAUCCAUGCCCGAGAUGUCUUCAUGCACAUCGAUACCGACUUGUCGCUUAGGGCUAUACGAAAUUUCCAAAGGAGUGGAUCCAAAUACCUCGCGGUUCCACAUUGGCCGUUUUCCGAUGGUUCAUCCAACGAAUAUCACCCUGCUGACUUCGAGAUGGCUUAUCAAACCGUGCACAACCUGAACCCAAAGGCAUCCCAAGUUAUAGGAUAUCACCACUACAACCUCGAGCUGCCUCCCUAUUGCUUCCCGGCACCCUUAUACUGGAUUCGCAAUUCCGCCAUCGGUGAGCGGAAUGGAUGGCUGGGAGUUUGGGCUUUGCCGGCGCUGGGACGUGGGCAGCACUCAAAGUGCCUAGCCCAUACUGCGUGGUUCGACACCAUUUGCGACAGCCGCUUCAACUGUUUCGACACCCAAGAAGAGCGCCGCGACUGCUUGGCCGGAAACUCCAGAGCGGGAUCCCCAUGUUGUACUGCAUUACAUCUCAUUCAGAGGUUACAUAGCCUGGACACGGGCGCGAUGUGGUUCGUAGAGCCGCAGGAGGUGCAAUCUUUGUGCUCGGAUUUCGUGCGCCUGCCGAUGGGGUCGCUUCUGUUGGAGGAGCAGAUGACCGUAUGCUCGCGGGCCGUGCUGGCCUUGGCUGAAUUUGCCUACGAGACACACGCUGGCAAGGCAACGCAUGAAAGAACAAACGAAUCUUGCUCGACAGUGUCCGUGCAUGCCCGCUACCCUCUUAUAGAAGAGGAGGACAUGGUCCUCUCCGAGCAACACCAGAAGCAACGCCUGCAGUGGUGGGACAGGGCCUACCGCAUUCACACGCACUUGGGUUCUGGCUGGUCAUACCAGCUCAAUGGCAGGAAGUUGUUGAUGUCGCUGGCAAAUCACACUGCAGCUUGCGACGAACUGGAGCAAGGAUGUGCCUUGUUCAACCCCUGGGUGCCACAGCGAUGCUUUCCUCAUCAUCCCUUGGUGAGAGCAUGGUCCCCGUCCUGCAGAAAGAGGCUUCAGAUCCCAAGAAGGCCUCUCCGAGCCUCCCCGCAGACGGUAAGAGACUGGCUCGGCCUUCGACUAGACUGCGGUCACAGCGACACUGAGGAAAGUGGCCCC